CUUCUCUUUCUUUCUUUCUCUUUCCUUCCUUUUUUUUUUUUUUUUUUUUUAAUCUCUUUUUCUUAAAAAGCGUUCGCCUCCCGGCAUUCGUGAUUUCGCGUGAAAAUGUUGCGGAAGUUGUUGCUAUCGUCAAAGAUAUUUUUAUUGAUUCUGUUCUAUUGUUGGGCACAGGAUGAUCCAUGUACGGCACGCCAUUCACCAAAGAAAUUGUCGAACGCCAUAGACGAUUGUAGAGCCGACAAUGCAACCGCAAAAGUGUGUAACGACCGUGGCCAGUGCAUUUGUGGUUUUUGCGAGUGUUUUUAUCGGACCAAUCCAACGGAAAGGAUUUAUGGGAAAUAUUGCGAGUGCGACAAUUUUUCGUGCGAGCGCGUUAAUUCACGGCUGUGCAAUGGUCAUGGGAUUUGUUCAUGCGGUAUCUGUCAUUGCUCACCAGAAUGGACCGGUACUGGUUGCGAUUGCAGCACGUCCACUACUAGUUGCAUAGAUCCAGAAAAUAACGAUGGACUUUGUAAUGGUCAUGGAAAUUGCGUUUGCGGGGAAUGUAACUGUCAGGAGGAUCAAGAUGGAAGAUAUACCGGCAGAUAUUGUCAAAGAUAUAAGAAAAAAAUGAGCCUUCUAUCUAAUUAACGACUGAAUUGAUUUCGAUUUUGAUUUCGUCGGAAAAGAAACUUUUGUAUUUUGUUUGUUUGUUUGUUUGUUUGUUUGUUUGUUUUUUUUUUUUUUAAUAUAAAUUAUUUAUAAUAAAACGAAGAAGAAGAUAUUUAAUAAAAUUAUGAUCGUUUA